CUCUUUUAAAUAUAAAUAGAUCGCAUAUAAUGUUCAGUUUACGGUCUUUUUUCCUCAUGUUAAUGAAACUUGUAUCCUUUCAAUCUUUAAUACCUUAUCGAAAUAUCUUUUUAUAUACUUAUUUUAUUAUUUGUUCAGUCAAAAAUUUAUUUAUUAAGCAUAGACUUAUUGUCUAUCCUUCUUCACCAAAUCGAAAUACAGAGAUAGGAUUAUCAAAUAAAACGACUACUGUCGUCUGUAAUAAUACUAAUAAUGAAAAAGAAAUAGCAGAUAAAAUGUUAAUAGAGCAUUUAAAAGCUGAGAAUGAUCAGUUAAAUAAAAUAAAGCAAGAACUAGAAAAAAAGUUAAAAGUGGCUAUUCAAGAAUUACAAGCAACAAGUCAUAAAAUGAAUGCAUAUGAACAACUGACAAGUACUGCAAAGAAGCAGUCAUUAGAAAUACAAGGCUUGUACACUAAAUGUCAAAUGUAUCAUGACCUAUUUAAAAAGUUAAAGAACAAUAACAAGGAACUUUUAUGUCGUCCUGUUAUCAUUAACAAGACGCGACUCACUCCUACUGCGACCCAUCCUAUGUAUAAAAAGGGAAGCAAGUCAAGAAGAACAGUUAAAAUGAUUAGCGACAAAAAGGACGACAACAAUAAUCGUUAUUGUGCUGAAUUAAUAUUAACUACACAUCAUCCUUCUUGUACAAAUAUAGCCUUAACAAACAUUGCUAAAAGGAAUGUUUUGAACAAUCCUAAAUUCAUAGGCCGUUUACAAAAGGGAUUUAUAAAAUACAAGCAAAUAAGGAAUCAACCCUUUUUUUUAUUAAACAAAUUUAAUACUAAUGUCAGACAGCAGUUACAACAGUUAUUCAUUGAUAAUAGUACCCGUAAAAAUAUUCAUUCCAUGUGGGGUUUGUUUUGGUGCUGGAUUAAAAUUUCCAUAAUCAUGUUGAUUAUACUUAUUUCAACUGUUAAAAAGGCAUGUAAAGCAAGAUGAUUUUCUUUCUUUUUUUUGUAGAUAUAUAGAUACAUAUAUAUAUAUAUAUAUAUAUACUGUAGUAGUAUUGGGAACAUUGAUUGAAUAUACCUUAAUAAAAGCAUCAAAUAUACUUUUGUUUGCAAUUACGCACAUGUGGAAUUAUGAAGUAAACUGUAUUUUUACAUGUUCAUGCCUGCAACUUGUACAAAAGUAUAUUUUUUGACUGAUUGAUAAUAAUAAAGAUGUUGUUUGCUUAUUUUACUUUAUUUUUUUUUAACUUUUUAUACGAUUGAAUCUUGGAUUAUUUUCUUUGCUACAUUCAUAAUCGCAAUUUCUUUGUUCUGGAAA